UAUAAUACCGAACCCUCCCCAAAACUAAAACCCUUCGUCUCUCUCUUUCUCUGUAUAUAUCUCUUCUUCUUCUUCUUCUCCACAGUACGCAUCGCCAUUGACAAGCCAACACACACUACCUCUGUAUUGUUUCUAUGGUGACUCAAUUAUCUCCUGCAGACGCUGAAUCUAACCAACACUCCUCAGAAAUACUCUUCCGUAAUCCAACUUAUUGUUUCUGCAUACCUUAUCGUUGGCGGAGGGUACCGUCUUCUGAAGAGGAGGAGGUGGAGAUCCGGCCAAAUGGAAAUCUGUGGUCACGAGGAAUCGCUGCCUUCAAGAAAAUCCGUGAGUGGUCGGAGAUCGUUGCCGGUCCAAGAUGGAAGACCUUCAUACGACGGUUUAAACAUAGCAAGACAUUCGGUAGACAAUCCUCCAAGUUCCAGUACGAUCCUCUUAGUUACGCACUCAAUUUCGACCAAGGACCCUUGCAAAACGCAGAUCCGGAGACGGAGAACGAGUAUCUCUUCCGUAACUUCUCAUCACGCUACGUUUUGCAGCCGUCGACGAUUCCGAUCACCGGUAAAACGUCUGUGGAUAGCCGCAGAGAUGAAAUCGGUCCGAGUUUUGUGUGAGUUUUACUACUUAAUAAUUUUCUUCAUCGUGAUUGACGUCGGAUCGAAUAUACCAUCACCGGUCGUAAUCAAAUCUCUUUGGCAGUUUCUUUGAUUCAAUUGGAUUUUAACGUCAAAUGUUGCACUCAGAGCUGUAUCAAUUUGCUAAAUACAUUUGAAUUUUGUUUUCAAA